UUUCGUCACAUAUGAACCCGGAAGUGAACGUCAUGUGGCAACGCAAGUACGUAUGUUGUUAGUUCCCUGAAAAUGGUGUACGUGUCGAACGGUCAAGUUCUGGACAGCCGGAGCCAGUCACCAUGGCGACUGUCUUUAGUGGUUGACCUCUUCUGGGGAGCUGUGGAGUUUUUUGGCCUGUUUUUUAAAACAAUAAUUGACCCAGACCUGACAAAAGAUGGACAUAGCUCGUCACGGUUUUCUGAUGGCAGAGGUCCUCCAGGUCCCCCUGGGGGCCGAAGGCGGUUUGGAAGAAUAAACUUUGGUGGUGGGCCCAGUCCUCCUCCAAUGGGGGGAGGAGGAUGAGGAAGGUAAACGCCUACACUGUGUGUGUAGGCGUGGGCCCAGCUACUGUAUAGACUGGCAGUCACAGUGGUGAAGCCCCACUUCUUGAGCCGCCACUGCCUAAGUAGUUUUUUGACGCCUUUUUGGGAAUUCCUAUAAGUAGGAACCAUAUUGGCUGAUUUGGCAGCUCAUCGAUCGCACCCCCCCAUCCCCACUGCAUUAUUUUUCUUACUUUUCUCACUGAAGUUGUUUUCAUGAUAUUAUUUGCAAUAUUCUUUGCUUUUUGUGCUCGAUUGAAGUUAAUGACACAUGAUAGAUAUUAAAUAUGAUUAACUUCGUUAAAAUAAAUUAUCUUUGAAAACAA